GUCUGCCGGACGGGGCGGGCCACUGCCGGCUUCCCCGCCUCCCUUCCUAGGCCUGCCGCGUCGCGCGUCCACGGCUCUGGGCUCGGGUUAGCGGGCCACGCGCGAUGGGGCCCCGCAGCCCCGCGGCCGCGCUGCUGGCCCUGCUGUGCGCUGGGUGCGCGCUGUCCCCCGGGCGCGCGCAGUACGAGCGCUACAGCUUCCGCAGCUUCCCGCGGGACGAGCUGAUGCCGCUCGAGUCGGCCUACCGCCACGCGCUCGACCAGUACAGCGGCGAGCACUGGGCCGAGAGCGUGGGCUACCUGGAGGUGAGCCUGCGGCUGCACCGUCUGCUGCGCGACAGCGAGGCCUUCUGCCACCGCAACUGCAGCGCGGCCACGCCUGCACCCGCGCCCGCGCCCGCCGGCCACGCCGAGCUGCGCCUCUUCGGCAGCGUGCUGCGCCGCGCGCAGUGCCUCAAGCGCUGCAAGCAGGGCCUGCCCGCCUUCCGCCAGUCGCAGCCCAGCCGCGCGGUGCUGGCUGACUUUCAGGAGCGCGAGCCCUACAAGUUCCUGCACGACAAGGCUCAAGGCUCAGUAUCUGACUGGAAACUGUGCACCCAGGCCAACGACCUCCCGAAGGCCAUCGCCGCGGCUCACACCUAUCUUCUGAAGCACCCUGACGACGAGAUGAUGAAGAGAAACAUGGCAUACUACAAGAGCUUGCCUGGAGCCGAGGACCACAUUAAAGACCUGGAAACCAAGUCGUACGAGAGCCUGUUUGUCCGUGCGGUGCGGGCCUACAACGGGGAGAACUGGAGGACGUCCAUUUCCGACAUGGAGUUGGCCCUUCCUGACUUCCUCAAGGCCUUCUACGAGUGCCUGGCUGCCUGCGAGGGGUCGCGGGAGGUUAAGGACUUCAAGGACUUCUACCUGUCCAUAGCAGAUCACUAUGUGGAAGUUCUGGACUGUAAGAUUCGUUGUGAGGAGACCCUCACGCCAGUCAUAGGAGGCUAUCCCGUGGAGAAAUUUGUGGCUACCAUGUACCACUAUUUGCAGUUUGCGUAUUACAAGUUGAAUGACCUGAAGAAUGCAGCCCCCUGUGCCGUCAGCUACCUGCUCUUUGACCAGAAUGAUAAGGUCAUGCAACAGAAUCUAGUCUACUAUCAGUACCACCGGGACAAGUGGGGCCUCUCGGAUGAGCACUUCCAGCCCAGACCGGAAGCAGUUCAGUUCUUUAAUGUGACGACGCUCCAGAAGGAACUGUACGACUUCGCUCAGGAACACCUAACGGAUGAUGAUGAGGGAGAGGUUGUGGAGUAUGUGGAUGACCUGUUGGAGACGGAAGAAUCUGCCUAGUCCAGCGGCUAAAGAACUUCUCUUCCGAGUUCCUCGUUCUUCAAGUGCCUGGGUCGCUGAUACCGCACAGCCUUCCCUUCUUAAAGCAAGAGGGAAACCACCAUCUUCCCCCGCCAAGGUCAAGCGUGCCUUCCCUGUGUUCACACCUCAGUAUUCAUACUUGUCUCCAUGGUUACACGUCCUCACGCCUGUCUUUCCCGUCAUCCAGUCUGUCCUCCCCUCGGUCACAUUUGUCUCCCCCUCUGAUCCCACGUGUCUCCCCCAUGUUCAGAAAGACAGUCUUCUGUGGUCUGCUUUUUCAUCCCUGAAGAAAAUCAGUAUUAUUUUUUAAGUAAGGAAACACUAAAAGAUGACAAAUAUAUUUGAAGAAU